CCCGCCUCGCGCUCCCAUUGGCUGCCCCAAAAUGUCCCCAAACGUCCCCACCCUGGAGGGGGCCACCCCAAAGCACGUCCCAGUCCCUCCCAGUUCGGCCCAGUUUGUCCCAGUUCGUCCCAGUUCGGCCCAGUUCGUCCCAGUUCGUCCCAGUUCGUCCCAGUCCGCGAUGCUGCCGCUGCUGCUGGCGGCGCUCGGAGCCCCCGGGGCGGCCCCGUUCGUGCUGCAGGUGGCCUCGUUCUGCUCGCUGGCCGCCGACGGCUCCUUGGUGGCCACCAACGGCUCUCAGGAGGUGCUGGUGGCCCUGUCCACGAUGCCACUGGUGUGCGGGGACCUUCGGGGACCCCGCGCCGGCGCCUGCCAGCAGGGGGGACCCCUGGGGGCCCUGGGGGACGGCCUGGUGGUGGCGCUGGGCAGGGACCCCCGGUGGGGACAGCGGCUGCAGCAGCGCCAGCGGCUCUGCCAGGAGCUGCCCAGGAGCGUGUGGCCACCGCCCAGAGCGCCACCGCAGCUGCGCAUCGUCCCCGAGCGCUCGGGCCCCGCGCUGGCCCUGGUGUGCCACGCCUGGGGCUUCUCCCCCGCCGAGAUCACCCUGAGGUGGCUCCGCAACGGAGCCAGCGUUGGGGACACACUUGGGGCCACCACCUCCACGACGUCCCUUUGUGUCCCCUCAGCGCCACCGCAGCUGCGCAUCGUCCCCGAGCGCUCGGGCCCCGCGCUGGCCCUGGUGUGCCACGCCUGGGGCUUCUCCCCCGCCGAGAUCACCCUGAGGUGGCUCCGCAACGGGGCCAGCGUUGGGGACACCCUUGGGGACAGCGUUGGGGACACCGUUGGGGACACUUCAGGACAAAGCCGGGUGCUUCCGGUGGGGGACGGAACGUUCCGGACGCAGGCGACGAUCCAGGUGCCACCGGGGACGUCUGGGGACACUUUCGAGUGCGUGGCGCUGCACCCCACCCUGAAGGAGCCCCUCAGUGUCACAUGGGCCCCAGGAUUGUCCCCAAGGUUGUCCCUCCUGGUGGCCCUGGCGGUGCUGGCGCUGAUCCUGGGGCUCCUCCUCUUCACCUUCGGCCUCUGCCGCUACCUCCGGACAGGUUACACCCCACUCCCUGGUGGCUCCCACAAAGGUUACACCCCCCUCCCCGGUGACACCUACGCAGGGAGCAUCUGAGGAACCUCCCAGGGCGGUGACGGCGGCGGGGACCAAAAACCCGAAAAUCACCCCAAAAAUCACCCCAAAAAUCCCCCCAAAAUCCCCC